AUUUCAAAUUUUCUGAAAGGGGAUAGGCUAAUUAAUAUCAUUCUUGAUUAAAUGACUGCGGUCUAUCUGUAAAAAGAUCUGCCUACCUAUAUAUAAGGCUAAAUGUCCAGGCCCUACACUUUCAAUAAACAAGUGGUAGAGUAGUUGCCAAUUUUAAACAUAAGUCAAGGAGUACCAUUUACCUGAUAUAUGUUUUUGACAUCAAGUUCACCAAGAUAGGCUACGUUGACUAACAAUCCACGUUCAAAAUGAAGUGGUAUCUCCUAUUACUUCAAGCUGGGUUAUCCCAGGCUGGUCUCCGAUUCGGAUGUUCAACAGUGUCUAUCCAGCGCCUAGACCCGCUUGUUGAGCCCGGUAAUAUUCCUUCAGCUCACGUACACCAAAUUGUUGGCGGAAAUGCAUUCAACGCGACUAUGGAAGGGGACAUCGGAGAGAAGGGUACAUGCACGACGUGUGCUUACACUGAGGACUUUUCGAAUUACUGGACAGCAGCUCUUUACUUUAAACACGAGAAUGGGUCCUACAAGCGAGUCCCAAUCUACCCAAAUGCUCAACUGGGUACCGAGGGUCGUGAUGCACCAGAAAUUAAAGGCGGUAUGACUAUCUACUACACCCAAAAGGACUUCGGUGGUAAUGGCGACAAACACAUUACUGCUUUCCAACCUGGCUUCCGCAUGACAGUCGGUAGUCCUACCGUUACCACCCUCGACGGCACGACACCGGGCCUUCGAUACACUUGUCUGCAGGACAUCCUUACUCGAGGCAGCGAGACUCCUGACUUCCCCAAGAAGCCUUGCCCCGCAGGAAUUAUGGCCAUUUUCCACUUCCCAUCAUGCUGGGAUGGAAAGAAUCUUGACAGCCCCGAUCACCAGUCCCACAUGUACAACACGGUCAAGGGCGCAUUCCAAGAAGCAGGUCCUUGCCCUGCAUCUCACCCAGUUCGCAUGCCCCAGUUGGCCUACGAGACCAUGUGGAAUACGACGGGUUUCAACAACAUGUGGCCAAAGAACGGCGAGCAACCCUUUGUCUGGUCAUACUCAGACAGCAAAGGAUAUGGAACCCACGCGGACUACGUCUUCGGCUGGAAGGGUGAUUCCCUACAGCGCGCUAUGAACGAUUCUUGCAUGUUCCACAAAUGUGGAAGCCCGGGCGUACAAGGAGUUUUGAAGACCCAGACUGUUGCUGACAUGAACAAGUGCUCUGUACAGAACACUGUUAUGGAAGAUACAGAAGGAUGGCUAUCAGAGCUACCGGGGCAGAAGAUGCCGAUGAAGUUCACGGCAUAAGUUAGACGCGUUGAGCUUGGGGAGUUGGGGGUAGAAUACUAUAGUUAAAUCGAUUGUUAUUAGACCUCUGGAUGAAAAAAAACAUUUUCAAUCGAGCUG